AUGGAGCAAGAAAUAAGCAAUCUUAUAAUUUUAUGGACAUUGUGUGGAUUAACAUGUCACCAAUGUAGUCUAAAAUGUGUUAAAAAUCGUGAUCACGAAGAAGAUCAUGAUUGUUUAACGGAUCAUAAGUGCAAUUUUAUUUGUCAUUUUACUGAUGGCCACAACAAAAUAAUGAUAUGUAGUCAUGAAGCCGGACAUGAAGACAAGCAUGUUUGUAGUGAAAUAAGUCAUUCGAAUGGUUCGUGUGGUCAAUUAUGUAAUCUUGUCGAUAAGCGAAAUUGCCUGAGAGUUUGUUUGAAAGAAAUUGGACAUAAUGGUGAACAUUUAUGCCAGUCUUCACGUCAUUAUUGUGGGAAAACUUGCUCAUUAUCAAUAAUGACUCAGAAAGGAGAAUAUCGUUGUCUUAAUAAAUGCAUUAUGCCAUAUGAAGUAGAACAUGAUUUACACCAUUGUGAAAAUGAGACGUGUCCGAUUCAAUGUCCAAUUUCGGAUUGUCAGCGAAAAUGUCAAAGCAAUGAACAUUUUCACGCUUAUUCUAAUUCGCAAGUGGAUCAUUUUGGUGGAAAUGAACAUCAAUGUCGGGAAUUAUGCGAAGAUGAUGGAAUAUGCAAGUAUAUUCAAUUAAGUGAAAGAUUGAGUUGUGACAAAAGAAUUCCUCCAAAUGACUUUAAACAUACUGGAAAGAAUUCACAUGGAGACGAAUAUAGUUUUCAUUUUGUGAUUGCACAUUACCCUAUGGACUCACAAAAACAUAACACAACUCAUGGAAAUAUGAUACGAACUGAGUUUACUAGUGAAAAUAAAGAGCUUAAAUACGCAGGAUAUUUUGGCGUUCAAGGAGAAGACGUUCUUUGUAACCUGUUUUGUAAAGAUUUAGGAAGACACCGUCAUAUUAGUUAUUGUCAAAGUCAAGACAUUUGUCAAGGACAAGAUAUUCAGCAUAUUAAUGAACAAGUGCAACCUAAUCCUAGUAAACCAUUUCUCACAAAUUAUCCUUAUUCUGCUCAAGAACAACAAGAAUUUACAAAAUGUGAUCAUGAAUGUCCCAACAAAAAGCAUCACAAAUCUAAGAGAUCUGCAAGCAGAUCGUUAACUAUCUUUCAUGCUCAACUUGAUCCAAAUUCAAAUCCUCGAAAUGAUAUUGGAUAUAUUUCCAAAGACGGACAUCACUUUAAUUGUGAGAAUCUAAGUCCAUGUGUAUCAAUUUAUGAAUGCACGUAUGAAUUUUGUUCAAACAAAUCAACAUCAAGUCAUAUCUUAUUUAAUCACGAGGUUAUCGUUCCGUUUGAAUAUCAAGAUCUAAAAGAUCCGAAGAACUUGUUAGAUAAAAUGAUUGAACACCAACCUUGUGGUUUAAAGAAUUUCGAACUCGCAAUUCAGAAAGCUGGAUCUUUGAUUUCAUCUCAUUAUGACUCCACAAGAACAAAUAUUAUUAUCUUCUUAUCUGAUGGAGAAUGUGAUACUCCAAAAAGGCAACUUCAUGAUAUUUGUAAAGAAAAUCAAACCAGAGGAUCUCCAUUAUAUUUCUAUACAGUAUUAUUUAGCAGCGUAUCAAAUAAUUUUUCUUUAAAAGAAAUGACAACGAUCGCACAAUCUUAUCACACCAAAAGUACAUCAUCUAGUAGCCUACGCUGUCAAUUUACUCAUUCCACCGAUAAAGUCCAUUUAGUUAAAUAUUUUACUAGUGUGGCAAAAAGUUUAAUAUGA